UGAAAGAGGCCGAGUACCUACGAGUCACAAGAGAGAAAAGAGGACGAGACUAGAAAUGGACCACCGAUAAUUCAGGAAGUCCCACACACGGAAGAAAGCGAUCCCAUGACGAUGGACGAUGAAACAGACUGAAAGACCCGCCGGCAAAAUAAACAAGAGCACUCUGGACGUUUAAACCCACCGAAUCUGGUCUAGCCAGGCCGGCGAAAUUUCGCCGCUCGUGCAUCUGCCAUGCCCGCCGUUUCCGCUAUGUCCCACAAUGUCCAGGCGGCGCGAGACAUCAAUUCCAUAGCUAUGCUGCAUCGCCAUGCAUCUAGACCUGUGCCUCUCACCGGAGACGAAGUCCCAGUUCCCGAACAAGCCCUGAGAGUCCAUCUAUUUCUUCCCGGUUUCGUUUGCAGCAGGGAGCUCGUAUGCGUCCUGCGAUCAUCUGCACAUCUGCACAUCUGCCAAUCUUUCGAGACGAAAGGAGGACAGCUCUGUAGUAAGACAACAUCCACCUGCUCGGUAGUCCGCCUCAUCUAUCGGUCCCACUCGACACUCGCGGGGAUCUCCCAUCACAGCCUCCGCCUCAAAUCGUGGCCAGAUUGCGAUAUAAAGAUCCCUCUCCCCCUCUCCGAUCAUCAAGCUCACAGACAUCCUGGUACAUUCAUCCAACAACACGCCGAAAGAACCAACCAACCAACCAACCAACACAAAACCAAAAACAAUGGGCCAAUGCAUGGUUUGCGGUUGUUCCGACCAAACCGGAGAUCCCUGUCAGUCGUGCGGCCAUUCGCAUGGAAAUUAAAUCUCCUUCGAGUCUUCGACUCGCUCGACAUGCUUGACUUGGGGUGGAUUGGGGGCAGGAGGACUGUGAUUUCUUGAUUUGGGGUUUCGUUAUGGUAUUUCGGUACGUGGUAUGUACCGGUAUUCAAGGAACAGUUGAGCAAACAUUCCGUGGCAUCAGUGAUGCAUCACAGCAGUAAUUCCAAUCGUUACGCAGAUGGCAGAUUG